GUCCCAAAUCAAGUGCCCCUCUCAAAAUCUAGUGUCCAAGUCUUGCCAAUGUCGCUGCAGUUCCUGGGUCAGAAGUCGUGGCAUCCGGCCAGUAAAGCCAACCAGAAGCGCAUCUGGGUGGCGGAGCAGCAGGCCAAAGAGCGAGAGGAGCGCGAGCAACAGAGAGCCAAGGAGGUGCGCAAGGCAGCCGAGGCGUUGCAGGCUCAGCAGGCCGCUGCUGCAUCUGGAGACGUUGCUGCCGCUCGUCGUGUGGCCAGUGCACAGGUUAAUUUCCUAUACGCUGCGCCGCCAGGGCUUCCAGAGACUACAAAAGCGGAAGAUCAGAAACAACAGAAAGAAGAAGAUGAAGCAGUACGGGAAUUUCGACGCAGGGCCGAGAGACGCGGAGACUCGCAGCGCUCAAAGCUCGAGCGAUACGUUGGACGCAGAGCAGAGGAGACACUUACGAUUAAGGAUCAAGUAGAACGGUUCCCCAUACUGAAGGAUGCUCCAGUGGAAGGCAAAUACACAGAGACUAUUAAGGUCAACUUUAAUCCCUUAGGGCUCAGACUACGCAACGUACGCUGCAUCCGAUGUGGGGAAUGGGGACAUCAAAGCGGGGACAGAGAGUGCAAGCUUCGAGAUCAGAACCCCAAUGAUGCUACUAGGCAGAGAUGGGAGGACCCGGUGACGGAGAUUAACAAGCUCAAGUCGGCGAAACAGGAUCUGGUUUUUAGGAGAGGAGCUUUGCCGCUGGAGAUGCAGGAAACAACAGCACAAGGAUUCGAGAUUUUGCAGUCAGAUGACGGUGAGUGACGACAUUUCCUGCUUAGUUAUGAAGAAAAAAGUCUGACAGUGUCGUUUUUGCUGUUUGUAGAAGAUGUCGAGGCCGCAGAAGACGCAUUCUUAGCCACAUUAUCUACGAAGCAGAAGAAGAAAUUAAUGAAGAAGCUGAAGAAACAGUCGCGAAAUGAUAUCAGUAGCGACAGUGAGGUGGACUCUGAUGCGUCUUCUCAUCGCCAUCGCUCGAAGAAGAAGUCGAGCAAGCACAAACGAAAGCGAAAACAUACACAUCGAUCAAGAGGUCGAUCUGAAGAUGGAAAGGAGGACAAGAAGGAACGAAAAGGACGUUCUCGACGACGAAAUGUAUCAAUAUCACCACGGCGAAAUAGCUCGCGCUCGGACUCACAAGAAAGAGCAACACAGCGUCGAAGAUCGAGAUAGUCCCGGAAUGUUGCUACUUCGAAGUAUUAUUAAUCGAGCAACGGCAAGCAAAAAGCUCUUCAUUACUCGAAUGUUGAAGCAAAAAGACGACCAUGUAGUUUGAGGCCCAUCAGUCACGGAAUUUGAUAUUA